AAAAAUUGGAAUCGAGGCCCCCCAACGGACGCCAGCGGGCAGUGAAAAAGCGAGGACGAGCGCAGCGCAGACUGCCGCGGCUGCGCCUGCCGCGCCCACCCCCUCUGUUGCACCCGCCACAGCCCAACACCAGCAACAACCAACGCCCCCCCGUCCCCCAAAAUUCUUCCGCUCCAAAAUGGCGGACUCCCAGGUGGAGGCGAUGAGGAGGGCGUACGCGGGGAUCAUGCUCAACAUGGCGCAGGAGUCGGCAGCGCGGGUGCUGGCGGCGGAGCGGCGCGCGGCGGCGCUCGCGGGGGGUCUUGCGGCGGCGAAGGAGGACGGCGUCGCCGCGCUCGUCCGGCUCAAAGGCAUCAUGGAGGACAGGAUUAAAGAGGUAGAACUGCAAUCUUUGGCGCAUGUUAAAAAGAACAAGGAACUAGAAGAGCAAUUGCAUGGUGCUCAAAGUACUGUAGCCUCUCUUCAAGUUGAGCUGCAGAGAGCAAAUACUGAAUUAGAGCAGACUAGGAAAACCUUAGCUGAGGAAAGAACACAUAGCCUUUCUACAUGCAAUAAGAUUGAUUCUAAUAACAAUACCAGUGCCCAUUCUAAGACGCAUCUCCAAGGCGGAAUUAUGUCAUUAAAGAAUAAAGAAACUGCAGACGACACUUGCCUUGUUUCUAUAACUGCAGAGGAGGAUGGAGCAGUGCAAAACUUGGAGAACAAAUAUCGUUGUAGUCCUGAUCUGCCAUCAUUUAUGGAAAGAAAUAAGAAACCUAAGUUGUAUCAUAAUAGGUGUACACAGCGUAUUCAUGCACUUAAACAGCGGACUCAGGGUGCAGAUGCGUCCCUGGUACAAAAUUGCAAGCAGGCUGCAUUAAAUAACCGUUCAGAGACAGGAAAGAAUGGUGUUGCUAAAAACCCACGCGACAAAAGGUCCAUCAUGGAACAGAUACUUCAAACAAAAUUUUUGGGCAAGUGCAAGCGCAAGAGAGGCAGAAGAAGCAGGCCUAGUUAUAAGCAUGAUAAUUCUGUUGAGCAUGGGGAAGCAGAAUAUAAGUUAUCUGAUACAUCUAAUGGAAAUGGGUGUUUGCUGCUACUUCAGGCACUCGAACAAGAUCUUUCACCUCCAAAGGUGUCCGGUGGACAUGAUGGGGAGGCCUUAACUGACCUGAAGGAUGACUUACACAUGAGCAGGAGGGAUCCUGCCUCCCCCAAACUGAUUGAUUUACUUGCAGUCAACAACACGCAAGUGCACAAAAGAAAAAGAUCAAGGACUGUUAGGGUUUUGGAAGUUGAUUUUUCUGAUUCCAAAAGUGCUCCUGAAUCUGGUAACACCCUGCUAAGGUCAACCAGUGACAAAAGCAUGUCUGAUAAUGAAUUGAUCUCAGAGACGGCAGAGAAUCGCUCUGAUACACUCACCAGAAACAAUGGUCCCGUUAUGCAGUGUACUACCGAAAACUUGAUGCAUCAGAUUGAUGCAAAUAAUGGUCAAUUUGAGUCUGAAAACAGCUCCGCUGUGCUCCUUCAAUCUACCAAAAGUGAAAUUAUAGAUUAUGGUAGCUUACUGGUGGACCAGCCGGAGCACAGAACACCAUAUAAUAAUACUGCAAUCUGGAAAGAAGUCAAUGAGAAUGGAAGUUAUAGUUUGGAUUCAGACAAAGCUGAUGCUUCAACUGUUAGCUCCCUGGACAAAGAACAUUUGAAGGCGCUUUCUGGACUUCCCAUGCAAGCUUCAGAGAAACCUGAUGCUUCAAUUGGCAGCUCCCUGAACGAAGAAGAUCAUGCAAAGGCAUCUUCUGGAGCUUCCAUGCAAGCUGAAGGUGCAAGACAUAUUAAAUACACAUUCAACCGCAGAAAGCGCAAGUGCAUGUCUAUAGACAACACUCCUCAGUGUGCUGUCCCUGAGAAGAGCAGCGACCUGGCUAGUCCACCUAACAAGCAAGAGCCUCAUCCAAAGACUGAGGCACAAGAUCAUUUGAUAGAUUCUCCUCAAUGCGACAGUCUAGUCCAGGUUGCCCAACAGCUCAUUUUGUUGUCAGAGCGAAAGUGAUGAGAGUUUUGUAAUACAUAAAGCUAUUAGAAAGGAUUGGUUCAGUGAUAUAAUAUUUAAGUGAUACUCGGGAUGAGUGAAUUUUGUAAUAUCCUUAAUCCACUCGAGUUCUUCCAUGGAUGAAGAGAAGAGUUCCUGUGGUGACAACAGAGAUCAAGAAACCAGCUCAACCUAAUGGUUGUUACUGUAUAGUUUAGGCAGUAAGUUCGGAAUUGUUAUUUUAGUGGAUGAUGAAUUUGGUAUUGUUGUUUUAAGCAGGUGAUAGAUUUUGAGUUGUUAUUAUGUUAUCAAGCUCCAAAUUCAAAAUGGUAAGUAUUUAAAGAACAGAGGUAUUUAAAGCAAUCUCUUUUGUCUCCUA